UACAACUGCUGUGCCAAUCCCUCACCCUCUACAGCUGCAUAUAUAAACACUAAAAAACGAACAGACAACAUCAUUUAGAGUUACUUCACUCUGCAAUUUAGAAAUCUAAAUUUGUUUCUUUUUCUAGAUAGUUUUCACGGAGUGACUAUGGCUGAGUACAAGCUAGACGUGACAACAGGUGACAAGCAAUAUGCAGGAACAUGGGACCACAUAUAUGUCACCUUAUUUGGAACUGAAGGACAAAGUGAGCGAACUGAGCUGGACAACUUUGGCACCGACUUUACAACUGGGACAACAGGGAACUACACCGUGAAAACCAAUUUGUCCCUGGGGAAACUUCUGCUGGUCAAGAUGGAGAAAGAUCCUUUUUUGUUUCUCCCAGAAGAUGAGUGGUACUUCUCCAAAAUAGUGGUGACGACUCCAGAGGGAGAUGUCAUUCUCUUCCCCUGUUACAGAUGGAUCUCCAGGGGAGAACUGGUGGAGCUGAGAGGAGGGAGAGCCAUCAAGGUUUUUGAGGAGGAACAUCCCCUGUUGAUCGACCACCGGGAAAAAGAGCUGAAACUUAAAAAGAGCUUAUACCAAUGGAAGAUUUUGGCUGAAGGACUACCCAACGUCAACCAUUUCAAUCAUCCGUCUGAGCUCCCAGCUGAUAUCCGCUUCUCUAAGUCCAAAUCAACUGAAGUAGAUAAUACAAAAAUGAUAAUUGGUAUUGAACUCAAGCUUAAGGGGCUGAUUGGAUCUACUGAAAAAUGGGAAAGCAUCGACGACCUGAAAAAAAUCUUCUGCUGGAAAAAGACAACAAUGUCAGAGUAUGUUACAGAGCACUGGAAGGAAGAUGACUUUUAUGGAUCACAGUUUCUGAACGCACUCAACCCUAAUGUGAUCAAGCGCUGCUCAGAGAUUCCCCAAAACUUUCCAGUCACAGAGGAGAUGGUGAAGCCGUUCCUGGCAGAGGGAAGCUCUCUGAGGAAGGAAAUGGAGAGAGGGAAUAUUUUCCUCUAUGACCAGAAGAGGAUGGAUGGAAUACCCCCUAGAGUCAAUGAUGGUGAACCUCUGCACGUGACUGCUGGUCUCUGUUUGCUCUACUUGAACCCAGAAAACAAACUGAUGCCAAUUGCAAUACAGUUGCAUCAACAACCUUCUGAGCAGAACCCCAUCUAUCUGCCCAGUGACUCAGAGACUGAUUGGCUGUUAGCCAAGAUGUUUAUCAAAAAUGCAGAUGUCAUGGAUCAUCAAGCAGUCUAUCACCUCAUGAACGUUCACUUUCUGGCAGAGGUCUAUGCAGUUGCUGCUCUCCGCAGCUUCUCUGUGAUUCAUCCCCUCUACAAGCUGCUGUUUCCACACUUCCGGUACACUCUGUUUGCAAACACUGUAGCCCGCAUAACUCUUUAUGGACCUGAUGGGGUUUUUACUAAAAGUUCACUCGGACUCAAAGGGAUGACAGAGCUCAUGAGAAGGGCUCACUCUGAAACGACCUACAGCUCCCUCUGUCUGCCAGAGAACAUCACUGCACGAGGACUGGAGUCUAUCCCCAACUUCUACUACAGAGACGAUGGCCUGAAGCUGUGGAACAUCAUCAACAGCUUUGUGAAGGCAGUAGUGGAGUACUAUUAUCCCUCAGACAGUGAGGUGUGUAAAGACACUGAGCUGCAGGAUUGGAUCAGUGAGAUAUUCACACAUGGCUUCUUAGGAAACAAAGCCUCAGGGAUUCCAGCAGGCUUUCAUACUGUCGAGGAAGUGAUCAAGUUCAUCACCAUGGUGAUCUUCACAGUGACGGCUCAACAUGCUGUAGUUCACCAUGGGCAGUUUGACUACUACUCCUGGAUGCCCAACGCAUCAAUCCUGCUGCACAAAGCUCCUCCAACCACAAAGGGGCAGUCAAGCAUGAAGACAAUUUUGGAGGCCCUCCCAGAUGUUGACACGACAGUAAAAUUUGCUGCACUGACUGUGGUAUUUUCAGAGAAGUACACUGACACGGUUCCCAUGGGCACAUACCCCGAAGACCGAUUCGAUGAGCCUGCCCCUAAGCAGAUGAUUGAGAAAUUUCAAGCACAGUUGUCCUGCCUCACUGAAGCAAUUACUACAAGAAACUUGCAGCUUGAAGUACCCUACACAUACCUGAACCCUACUGAGAUAGAGAACAGUAUAACUAUUUAAGAAAGUCUGAGGGAGCCAUUCUUCAUGUGACGAUUGUAUCCAUGCAUUUCUCAUCACCUGCCUUGCAUGCUGGGAGGUGUGUUAUACUUUGUUUUUAGUACAUACACAAUAGGUGAGACAGUUAGAGGUGUUGCAUGCUGGGAAAAGAGGACUAUAUCUUGGUUGUGUCACGAUGAGUGGGCUAUGUGUGAUAUGGUAAUGUAUGGACGUACUGUAUGGUGUCCAAAAAUGUAAAUGAUUAGCACAGGAAAUAAUAGCUUAAACAUUACUCUGGCCCCUAUUUAUCAAUUAUAGAGACCAUGUAUAAAACGGUAUUGUAUUCAUACAUUCUUGUCAUCAGAAGGGUUUUAUUUUAUAACGUAUAAUGGAAUUGCAUGAAUUAUUAACCUAAAUUAUCAAGAUAAAUGUGGUCUAAUGUGUGUCUGUGGGGGAAAUUCCGUAUUUACUGUUUAUAUUAUUCCAAUUAUUUGCUUUUUAUGUUUUAUAUACAAUACUGGAAGUCUUAUCUGAGUGUGCAGGUCAGCCAGGUUAGUUUGGCCUUCAGUUUGCAGAGGCCUUGGAUCAUAGCAUCCUCUCCCUGUCCCAUGAAAAGGUUUUAUCUUUACUCUCUCACACAGAUAAUUAGAAGACUGAGUUGGCUCUGACUUUAGAGGAAGGGAGAAGGAUAAGGCACGCAGGUUACUCUGACUUUAGAGGAAGGGAGUAACAUGACACCCGGGUGAACUUCUUAAUGAGUGCUUGUAUUGCUCAAACAGAAAGGAUCUCUGUCUCUGAGAAGUAUGAGGCAGAUCAAUCUAUAAAAGUUGACUUCAUUUCUUUGGUCUUUGUCUUAUUAAAAGCAAGGGCACCGUAUGCAUACGAACAGCUGUAUUAAAUCUCUGAAAGACAACUGCUUGUUUGAAUUUAUUUUAUAACAGAAAUGUCCACAACAGUGUCCUACUUCAAAUCAUGUUUU